GGAGUAUUCACGAUUUUGUGUUAUUGGGUAGAUUUAAAUAAACACUCAAAGGACCUCUCCAUAACUCUGCACCCAGACUCCAACCGAAGUCAGAAACCCAGACACAAAAUCACAGUUGACCAGUUCCGUACGAAAGACUCAAGGACCAGAGAAUCAACAGCUAAAAAAACCAUCCAUCCACUGACCCCUCCAACCCCACCAAACACUGGUACCACUCCGAGACAAAAGAGAGCAUAAGCCUCACAAUCCGAUCGUAAAAAUAGUCGAUAGUCGAACUCGUUGAAAAUGGGCCCCGAGGGAUUGGAUCAUCGUAUGGUGUCGAACGAUAAGACCCCGAAUUCGACAGUAAAGAGAAAAAAGACCAGAUAGGCCCCGUUGGAGUGGCCGGAGCAACGCACGCAGCAAGAAACGAUCAUUCAAGCGUCGUCACGUCGUCGGUAUUGUAUCAUGUUCAGCGUUCAACCUGAGCUUUGCACGAGAAGCUGAGAUGGAGUGGGCGAGUCAUUUACUUGCUUCUGGCCCUCAUCUUUCUUCUCUUACGCUUGAGGCGACGAACGCGCUUCUUUCUCCACUUGGCUCUCAUCUUCGUAGAUGUUCUGCGAUGAUGAGGGAGAAGGAUGGUUGCAAGAAAGACGGAGAACGCAGGCCCGCGAGCUUCUUGUGUGCGCCGUGGCUGACUCAGCCGGCGGUGCCGCUAAGGGCUCGCUAGUGCGGUGAGGGCGCUGAUUGGCUCAUGGGCGGCACUUUACCGAGUGUGGUGCUUAUGUCAGCCGGUGAUAUCACGGGUUGGCUCCGCC